AUUGUUCGAAAUGUAUUGCGCUAAUAUAUCACAUAGUUCUGAGAAUCUUCGUCUUCUCAUUACAUUAUCGGAAACAAAAUAGUUAUGAAGAAUUUGAAAUUUCAGGAUUUGGGAGGAGACAAGAAGCGGAUGCACCUGCGCAAUUACAAACGAUUUUAAGCAAUGUCAUCCAAAGUCUAAUCAUUAGUUGUGAUGGAUAACCUACACCUAUCAGCAUUGCUAAGUUCAACUGUCAGUGACUUCAUGGACUAAUGGCAUGUUUUGGUUUGGCAGCCUUUGUCUGUCUUCCAACCUACACCAGAAAACAUCGCCCAUCAAGGUGUAUUGAACGGUUUAUCGAUGUUGGGAGAAGUUAAACAUUUUACUCCAGACUUUCGUAUGCAAAGAAGAAAGUCUACCAGAAAGAGUCUUCUUAUUUGUGCUCCUUGUCUGACUGAACAGAAUUUAGAUGAGCAUCCUUUAUCUAGUGAUGUGAAGUCAGAUAACGAAAUUAAUGACGACGAACUAACUGAUGAACUUGCCAAAAGGUAUCAGGAUGAAAGUCGGAAAUGGGAUCAGUUGGUGGAAGAAUAUGAAACACGUUUGAUUCCAGCGGAUAAUCGAAUCGAUAUGCCUUCUGAGGAAUGGAUUAAGACAGAUCGUGUAACCCGUAAAUAUGAAGAUAUAAUUUAUCCCCAAAAGUAUUUUGAUUCCUAUGAUUCCCUGGAUAGUUUGGCGGACUCUCUUUUAGACACACAUAAUGAUAUAUUUUUUGAAUUAGAGAAACUUCCUCACCUAAUCGAAAGACAGGAUAUGUUUUUAAAGAGUUUGCAGAGAAAAUUGCGUUUGAAACAAAAUAUUUUUCAAGAUUCAUAUUUCGGUUCAGCAUCACCAUUGUCUGUUAUAUCUAACUACCUUGGGGCUGAAACGUCACGUUUUUAAAAAAAAAUACAAACUUGUUUCCUCAUUUAUUCGGUCAAUAAUUUCAUAAUAAAUAACUUAAUAGAAAACCCUUAUUCGUAAAACGAUUAUUUCCAUGAUGAUUUCUUGCAAAUACUAACUUUAAGCAUAAGGAAAAACAUCUUUUGACAUGGUGACCCCCGAAUUCGUCCCAAUGUUGGACCCAAUUAGAUCACAUCGCUAUCAGCCACCGAUGGAGGGGCUCGUUAGAAGACUGUCGCUCAUUCUGGAGCACAUGUUUAGAUUCAGGUCAUGCUCUAGUGCGAGCAGGUAUCUGUCUGCGUCUUACUGGACGUAGGAAAGACACUGCAGGGAAGCCUCUAAGGGUUCUACUUAAUGAUAGGCCAGCUAAGAAUAUAUUUCAGGAACAACUAGAAAAACAGUUAGGCAGCCAUGUAAGUUAUGCCCACCCCGAGGCAGCGUGGAAUGACAUCCGAAGAGCUGUGGAAUCAGCAGUGAUAUCCGCUAGUAAGGUAAACCAUAAGGUUAGGGAGAAACAAUGGAUCUCGGCAGCAUCUACCGCACUGAUAGAUGCUCGUAAACUCAUCC